AUGGCUGCAAUGUGGGAGAAUAAUGGCCCAGGGCAGAUAGGCCAAUUUCCACUUGAGCAAUGGUUCUAUGAGAUGCCGCCCGUUACUCGGUGGUGGACAGUGGCCACCGUGGCGACCUCGGUGUUAGUGCAAUGCCACAUUGUAGAUGAAUUCCAGCUCUUCUACAGCUUCCGUGCUGUCUACGUCAAAUCACAGUACUGGCGCCUUGUCACAACAUUCCUUUACUUCGGUCGGUUAAAUCUUGACCUGGUAUUUCACGUCUUCUUCCUCCAGCGGUACUCGCGCCUGUUGGAGGAGUCGUCGGGCCGCUCGCCAGCGCAUUUCGCAUGGCUUAUUUUUUAUGCGAUGUCUUCACUAUUAGUUAUUUCGCCGUUCCUACCACUCCCUUUUCUGGGCUCGGCGCUUUCAUCAAGUCUGGUCUACAUCUGGGCCCGACGUAACCCCGAGACACGACUUAGUUUCCUAGGUCUUUUGGUAUUCACCGCGCCUUAUCUUCCCUGGGUACUGAUGGGCUUCAGCCUUAUUAUGUACAAGACCGUGCCCAAGGACGAGCUCUGCGGUGUUGUCGUCGGCCAUGUGUGGUACUUCUUCAAUGACGUAUAUCCUUCUCUGCAUGAUGGCCAUCGCCCUCUUGACCCGCCGAUGUGGUGGCGCCGUAUGUUCGAGACCGUCGAGGCACGUCCAAUGGAUAACACAAAUAUCGAUCGGGAAAUUGCUGCCGCCGCUGUACCUGAGGUACGAUGA